UGCAACCGAUAGUCGUAUCGUUAUAAGGGCUGCCAUACACAUUAACGUUAUUGGAAAAGGUGGCAGCGUAUUGCAGUCUAUCGAAACAUACCAGGCUCUUUCGUGCCAUCCCUAUACAUUGGCGAGUGGUGAUGUGUUAUAAACCAUAGUUUUGGGCAAUAUUUAAGAAAGAGAGCGAACAUUUCAUCGGGCAAACAACUCACGCUGCAAAAAUCUCGACAAAGGCAAUAUGAACUACAAUCCAAAUGCGGGUAUGCGGAAUCGUAAGUGGGAAAAUUCGCAAGGUCCCGGCCGUAAAGUGAAACGCGUCAGUGAUGUGAAUGCCAUGGGACCGUCAGCGCCGAUGCCCGGCGGCUCCGCUUUUAUGCCGCCGACAACUGGACCGACAAUGUUGAAUCCAAACAUGUAUGGGGGACCGGCAGCGCCACAAACUAAUAGCUAUGGCUAUAAUGGAGGGCAAAUGCCGACACAGCCGCAACCGGCGCAGCCACAGCAAAAUUUCGGUUAUGUCCCACAAUCACAAGCAGCGAGCACACAACCUACAUUCGGCGCACCGCCACAGCAACCGCCGACCUAUAGCGCUGCCCCUGCAGGUGUUCCAAUCGGCCCAGGGGGCGUCGCACCAGGCACACAAUAUCCACAAUUUGCAAUGUUUCAACAGCCAAUUGUGCAGGAUAUGGCUAUGCAAUAUGGUCAACGAUUGGCCGACCAGGGCAAGCAACUGGUCGAGAAUCAAUUCGAGAAAUGGGUGCCUGUGGCGAAGUUGAAGUACUAUUUUGCCGUUGAUAAUGCUUACGUGGGUCGUAAGCUGCGAUUGCUCUUCUUUCCCUUCAUUCAUAAGGACUGGUCUCUCAAAUACGAUCAGGAACAUCCGGUGCAGCCACGGUAUGACAUCAAUGCUCCGGACCUAUAUUUGCCGACCAUGGGCUAUAUAACAUAUGUCAUCGUUGCGGGUCUGCUGCUGGGCAUGCAGAAGCGCUUUUCACCCGAACAAUUGGGCAUACAGGCAUCCAGUGCAUUGGCGUAUAGCAUAUUUGAGCUAUUUGUCUACUCAAUAGCGCUCUAUGUGAUGAAUGUUAAAACGAAUCUUAAAACUUUGGACUUACUAGCGUUCACGGGCUAUAAAUAUGUCAACAUUGUUGUCGCGCUUAUGAUAAGCACGAUGUUCCAUAAGUCCGGUUAUUACUUAGCCUGGGCUUAUACGAGUUUUGCAUUUGGCUUCUUUUUGCUGCGGACGCUACGCACAAAAUUGUUGCAAGACAGCUCACCGGCUGCUCCGAGUGGCGCUAUCAACUAUGAUCCGUAUGGGAAUCCACAGCAAUACGAUUAUAGUGGCGGCCGCAAACGCAAGCUCUACUUCCUGUUCAUGAUCGUUGGAGGGCAGGCAUUGUUUUCGUUUCUGUUAUCGAAGCAUUUGUAUCUGCCCAGUGGGGGCACGUUGACGGCGAAAAUGGUUUAAAUCCACAUCAUAUGCCACUCACCAGGGGCGUAACUUAAUAUUUAGACUAAUUAUGAAAACUCUAUGAAAUAACCGGGCAAUGCUAUUACUAUC